UCGUAUCUUCGGGUAGAUUGAGAAAAAGUGCUCCAAUAUCAUGAUAUGUCUUUCUUUCCAUCUUCUCGUAAGAAAGAUCUGCGUGCGUGAUUCCUAAACAUAAAGCACUAGAAGACAAAUGGACGGGAGUGUAUGGAUUCGCCUUACCCUCAUAUCUCAGAAACGAAGUUGACGCUUUCCGCGAAGCGAUUAGUAACUAAUCUAGUCCCCUCUAUUAAGGAUUUUUUUGUUGUAUAUUCAGCUUUCCCGCUUUAUCUUUUGUCAACAGACCUGAGUGCAAUGAACCUUAAUAAUAUGGGAUGGAAUGUUAAAAAACUUAAGGAGUCUUACUCAAUUCUUUUGAAUUUGAAUUUGAAUGUAGAUGGAAUGAAUUGAUAUGUUUUUGUAUGUGGUAGAUCGUUUGUGCGAUUGCUCGCGUCGUAGGACUUUUUGAACAUUGUGCAGAAAGACAGUUCAGCGAGUUUCUAAGUCUAAAGUACCACUUCAAUCGUGAUGAUGCUGAGUAAUUCAGUCAUGCACACCCUGUAGUCAUCCAUUUAAGUUUAGUACUAGAAAUUGCAGUAUCAUUGUUUAUGUUGUGUUGUCGCGUUAUCUCUGGGGAACAUACAUCAAUAAAACAUCUAAGUGAAUAUGAGCGCUGCAUCCAGUCGUCGUUUCGAUGCCCGUGUGGGCAUUACUGAGGAGGUGCGCAAUGCUUUACCACCUAUCGCCUUGGCGCAAACGACGCUGGAGUUUUAUGCUUCUCUAGUCCACUAUUUGGUCCAGAAAAGGGAUCUUGAGUCUUGUCCCUACUUUGCCACCCCAAGCAGGGGUACUGAAAUGAGUACGAGCACCAGUUCGUCAUCACCAAGCACGGGUGGUGCUCACCAGACGCGAAGACACGCACAACUGCAUAUGUUUUCGCUGGCCCUCGUCUUUCGUUUGUGGGACAAGCCUCAUUAUCGUUGCGGAAGUUUUGGAGAGGACUUACGCGUGAACUUGCGAAAUGUAGCGAUUCCUGGAACCGGUGUGCCCCUGUCGAUCUUCUGCUUCUCGCGAUACACCGCCUAUUUUUGGCUCUUAAUCCUCUAUCCAUUCACGUGCCUCUUCUCGGCACUCGCCGUGGUCGUGACCGAAUACCGCCUGACAUUUGGGGCUAAGCCUAAGAACACUACGUCUACGUCCAACGCGUCGUCCACGUCCAACUCUCAGUCGCAGAAGAAGACGUCUCAACAGGAGGAGAGGCGGUCAAGACAAAAAUCUUCAGGAAGAGGAAAACAACAACAGCAGCAGCAAGAAGAGACUUUGGCUGUUGCGGAAGAGUGGAAGAACGCGCCACAGACGUGGGCGGCCAUUCUUAGGUUCGUCGCAGAACGAGUUGCGAUUCUGUACCAGAAAAAUCUUGCGGCACCGGACGAUUGGUUUUCCUUGUGGCGUCUCAACUGCGCGCUAGCGACGUACCAUAGUUACGUUACCAGGUCAGAAGAAUACAAGAUGGAGAACAAGUGGGACUUCCUCGUGAAGUGCCAUGAGAACGACGUCGCGAUAACACCCUGCAUCGGACUUGGAUUGCUCAGCGGCAAGAAAAACGGCACAAGGACUUCGGGUGAGAGCAGAACCAGUAGCGCGCCUGAAGCAGGCGCUUUGGCGCUGGACGAUGAUGAUGAUCAGUCAACCUCUACUAGGGCCGCUGGAGGUACACCUGCUACUAGGCUGUACACAUCCUCGCGCUCAGCAGCAUCCACCACCGGCGUCGUGGAGCAAAGUCGAUCCGAGAUUUUGAGUCAACUGCGUAUGCACACGCUUGUCUGCAAAGACGCUAACGAGGAGGGAGGGAUGGGCAUUCAUUUUUUCCACAAUGCCGCACAAGGCGGCGAUUGGAUCCUCCAGGAAAAGCUGGAAAAUGCCACUGCCCUGACCUUCCUGUUGCCCGAUCCGUGUCCUCUAUCUACGUUUCGAGUCCUCACGUCUUCGGAAGGUUCGUAUGUGUCUUCUCCGUCAGGAAAGAGCGGCGCCAUGAAAGCAUCGUCGGGUGGGCAGUCAUCCUCUGGUGAGGUUUCUGCAGAGGACAAGAUUCAGAUUCUGACCUGUGUCUUUCGAGCAGGUAGAAAAAACGCGAAGACUGACCACAGAAGCAUUUUUCUCAAUGUGAAUCUGGACAAAUCAGACAAGAAGAAUUACGGCACAAUCACGCAUGGCGCGCUCAACAAUCACUGGUAUCUCUAAUUCUAAAUAUAACUACAACUAAUUUUUUUUGUGACCUUGUUUUUAGGCUAGUAGCAGUGCAUUUUUGUACUACCAACAGAUUACUACCUAAAUUCUCUCGUCAUUCCCUUCAUCCACUGCGCCUGUUAGUCAUUGAAGACUCAAACAAAUGAAUAUUUUUCCUUCAUUUUUCUUUCAACCGUUGCAGGUAUCAGCUUCACGGAAACGUUUUUUCGACCGAGAAGGAGGGGGCGCUCACAAGUGCAGGCGUUUUUCGACAGGGUUUCGCAAGAAAGGCUUCUGGAAUGGGUGUUCACCCAGACACCAACAAGAACUUAGUCGGAUGCAAAAUACCGGAGCUUGAGGAGAUACUAUCGCUGAGUCGUCGUGCACAUGCAGUCUUAUGUCCAGAGGUGCCUCUAGUGGGGUGGGAUGUCGCCUUGGUAAACGGAGACGUCGUGGGGGGUCAAGUGGUACUCGGAGGGAAUGCAGAUGAGAAGCCAACGCCGAUUUUGCUGGAAGCGAAUUUGAGUUGCAACUUCUUUCUAGGUCACUUUCCUCGUGAUUACUACCUGGAAUUCAUGCGCAAGAGCUUUGUCGGACUGGAGGCUGCCGAAACCGGUAAAAAACUUUCAUAAGAUCUCAUUUGAGUGACAUGUCUGUGCACUGCCGCGUCUCUGGUGCGACCGGAGGCAAAUACCUCGGACGACGGAUGACAGAACCCAUUUUACAGUCCAUUGAGUUUUUCAAGAUAACGACGUGUUGGGCUACUUAACCUGCCUGUUAAGUGACCUAGUUUUACAGGGACUAUAAAAGUGCGUUCCUCAUCUGCGCUUUGAUCACUCUGCACCCUACACAGUAGGCCAGUGACUUUGGGCCUCUUGAUAUGCUUGUCAGGACUUCAGUGUUCACUCAUAUCAAUGAAGAAGAAUCGAUGAGGCUCUUUUAAUGAAUUGGUGUUGGUAAGCUAUUGCUUGCUGCCGCC